AUGACAACUAUCGCGUCGUCGCCGCUGCCGUCGUCUCAGGCGUUCCGGACUCAGAGCACCAACCCCCUCAGCGAGUCGCAGCCUCAUCUGCCCAGCGAUUCGAGAAGACAGGCCGCUGAGGAAGAAAUGGAAACCGACGAGCCCACAGCCAGUUUUCUUAGAAGAAGAAGAGAUUUGAGCUCGAUCCCAAAAGUCACCGACCUGACAGCGGAAAAAGUGAAGGAGGCGUUCGAACAGUUCCUGGUCGACUUCACCGACGAGCAGAAUGCCGACGAGCCAGAGUUCCACGGCAAAGUGUACAUUGCCCAAAUCGCCGCCAUGGCCCACUACGAUCUGUGCACAAUAUACAUCGACUACCAGCACCUGCUGACUGUUGAGAACGGGAUUCUGGCGAGCGCCAUCACCGAGCAAUACUACCGGUUCAUUCCGUACCUGAUCAACGGUCUGCGCACAGUGAUCAAACGGUUCCAGCCUGCGCUUCUCAGACGGUCGACCAAACUCGCCGACGACGAGGAAACAGGCGUCACGGAGCGGAUUUUCCAGAUCUCGUUCUACAACCUGCCCACGAUCAACAGGAUCCGCGAGCUCAGAGCAGAGAACAUCGGCAUGCUGAUGUCCAUUUCCGGCACCGUCACGCGGACCAGCGAGGUGAGGCCUGAACUGUACAAGGCCUCGUUCACGUGCGACGUGUGCAAAACGCUGAUUGAAAACGUCGAGCAGGCGUUUAAAUACACCGAGCCAAGCAGUUGCUCGAACCCGACGUGCGAAAACCACGCGUCCUGGACGCUCAACAUCGCCAAAUCGACGUUUUUGGACUGGCAAAAAGUCCGCAUCCAGGAGAACUCCAACGAGAUCCCGACGGGGUCGAUGCCAAGAACGCUGGACGUGAUUCUGCGCGGAGAACUCGUCGAAAGAGCCAAGCCGGGCGAUAAGUGCAGAUUCACCGGAACAGAGGUUGUGGUUCCGGACGUGACGCAGCUGGGUCUUCCUGGCGUGAAGCCCAUGUCUGUGCGGUCACGUGGCAUGGGGUCCGCCACAGAGGCGCUCAAUUCUGGCAUCACGGGUCUGAAGGCCCUCGGAGCCAGAGAUCUGACGUACAAAAUCGCGUUUUUCGCGUCUCACGUGUGCUCCCUCGUGGCCAAGGACGCCAACGGCGACGCCGACGACCUGGAAACCGCCGACGACACAGACAAGCAGCAGGAGAUGUUUCUGAACACGCUGACAGAACAGGAGGUCAACGAGCUCAAGGACAUGGUUUCGGACGACCAUAUCUACGCCAAGCUUGUGUCGUCGAUUGCGCCUGCGGUUUAUGGCCACGAGGUGGUGAAGAAGGGCGUUCUUUUGCAGCUUCUUGGCGGUGUGCACAAGAAAACUGUGGACGGUAUCAAUUUGAGAGGAGACAUCAACGUUUGCAUUGUUGGCGACCCGUCUACGUCCAAGUCUCAGUUUCUGAAAUACGUCAACAGUUUUGCUCCCAGAGCCGUCUACACGUCCGGCAAGGCCUCUUCUGCCGCUGGUCUGACUGCCGCAGUUAUUAGAGACGAGGAAAGCGGAGAGCUGACCAUUGAGGCGGGCGCGUUGAUGCUGGCCGAUAACGGUAUUUGCUGUAUCGACGAGUUCGACAAGAUGGAUCUGGUGGACCAGGUGGCCAUCCACGAGGCGAUGGAGCAGCAGACCAUUUCCAUCACCAAGGCCGGUAUCCAGGCUACCUUGAACGCCCGGACCUCCAUUCUUGCGGCUGCCAAUCCUAUUGGGGGCAGAUACAACCCCAAGGUUGGUCUGAAAAGCAAUCUGGCCAUGACUGCCCCGAUCAUGUCGAGGUUCGAUCUCUUUUUCGUCGUUCUGGACGAGUGCAACGAGAAAGUCGACACGCAGCUGGCCGACCACAUCGUGAACCUCCACAUGCUCAGAGACGACGCCAUUGAUCCGCCGUUCUCCAAAGAGCAGCUGCUCAGAUACAUCAAGUAUGCGCGCACGUUCAAGCCCAGGAUGACCAAGGAGGCCAGAGACUAUCUUGUGGAGAGAUACAAGGAGUUGCGCAGCGACGAUUCUCAAGGACUUGGCCGCAGCAGCUACAGAAUCACCGUGAGACAGCUGGAAAGUAUGAUCCGGCUGUCUGAGGCCAUUGCCAGAGCCAACUGUACCGAGGAGAUCACGCCGCGGUUCGUGGCCGAGGCCUACGAUCUGCUAAGACAGUCCAUUAUCCGCGUGGAAAAGGACGAUGUCGAGAUCGACGAGGGAGACGAGGCUCCCGUGCAACCAGAACAAACGUCGCAGGACACACAGGAGCGCGAGUCGGCUGAGUCGCGCGAAAAACACAAGGUGGCCAUUCCGUACGACAAAUACGUCAAGAUGAUGAACCUGUUUGUGCGGAAGAUUGGCGAGAAGGAGACGAGCCAAGAGUCGCAGGACGAUUCCCAGCCCGGCCAGGGGUACACUGCCGAGUUUUUGGUGGAAUGGUACUUGCACCAGAUCGAAGACGAGAUAGAGAGCGAGGACCAGUACUGGCAGGAACGCAAGACGGCUCUGAAGGUGCUCAAGCGGCUUGUCAAGGACAAAAUUUUGAUGAGCGUGAAUCCGGACCAGGGCGACCUGGAGAUCCCAGAGGAGUAUGUUGUCCGCGAGGGCAUGUCCAGGGCCGAGAUCGAAAGACGCACUAUUGGGCUGGAGGAGUGGCAGCGCAAGAAAGAGGCCGAAAGAAAAGCCAACAUGGUCUACAUUCUACAUCCGAACUGCGCUGUGCUGGAUUUCUUCGACCAGCAGGAACCGACCGAAUAA